UUAAAAGUCCCGCUCGUUCUAACACACGAAACACCGAUAUCGCGCAGGCUCUGCAUGCAAGGAAGACGCGAUUUCGUAUGUAUCGCUUUCUCCGCUUAUCUAACGCACACUCGGAUGUUGUAUUUCUCUCGGCAUGCACUGCGACCGGGAGUGAAGGUGGUUAUCGUAUUUAGUGAUGAUGAGGAUGAUAUUCUAUCUCUCGCGUGAUAUAAAAUAAAUCGAGGAAUAAGUGAGACUGCUUGAACUUCGAUAAAUCUAAUGUGCAACAGUGAUUGCAUUUGGUAUACGCGUCGUUUUUGUUUUUAAAUUUAACGAUACUCGAUAGAUUUUGAUUUUGUUUCAACGUUUGCAAGAAGUAAAUUGCAUAAUGGGAUAAACAAAGUAGCAGAGCUUGAUAAAUCAAUCCAAUCAGUGGAAAUCUAAAUGUAAAUAUUGAGGUUUCAUGUAGUGUUUAUAGCGUUUUAUAAUAAUGGAAGUGCAUUGCUUGUAUGGAUUAUUCUAGGUGCUUCUCAGCUGAAAAUACCAAACAUAACCUCUAAAUUAUUUAACAACCUCCCUAAAGAUGAACAGGGACGAUCCACGACAUCAUCAGGGACAAUAUCGUGGCCACCAUCAAAACAGACGGUAUAAUCGCGGCGAGCGUGAGGGUUCGUUUAAAUCACAUUAUGAAUCAGGUUCCUGGUUAGAGAAUCAAAAGAGAAAACCAUUGUUCCAAAGAAGCGCUGCUGGUUGGCACAAGACGACACAUAUCCGAGACUGGAACAAGCCCCGGCGCCCAUUAGGGCAAUCUCAGGAGUUGCCGCCAGGCGCAUUGCCAAAACCCGUACCACCGCCGCCCACAAAGCCCCUGCCUACCACUGAAGAGUUGUUCCAGGAGAAGAUCAAACAAACAUCUGGCUCUUUACUGAAACAAAUGGAGGAAUGUCCCGACGCUGAGCUGGUCCUUCCUUCGCGAAAUUCAAUGGAUUGCCAAAUGAAAGAGGACACCAAUGAAAACAUCCUCCCGGCGAUCAGCUAUCUUCAGGCGGAAGCGGAUGCAACGGCCGCUGAGCUCAGCGCAAGUAAGAAGAAAGCGAAGAAAGCCGCGCUGCACGCUCAGCAAGAAAGGGUUCGUGAGAUUGUUCAAAUUGUUCGACAAUUGAAGCGACAGGAGAGGCUCAAGGUAUCGCGUGACAUUAGGGAUAUGCAUAAUAAGACGCGGAAUAUUGACGAGUGUGAUAAUAUCAAUGCCCUUGUACCUGAUAUAUCUGUUCAGCUAAACGUGCUGCCUGAUGAAUGUAUUGCAAUAAUAUCGAGCAUUUUAAACAGUGAUUUGGAACCGCUGCCAGAGCCUACGGAUGCUCCCGUAAUCAUCCAGGAUUCGAGUUUUAAUGUAGAUAAUUCGAAUUCAGGUGGAAACGAGUUUUACGAUCCGUUUGAGUAUGACAUUUGCGACAAUAGUUCACAAGAAUCAAGUCGUUUUGAUGCUGUACAAGAGCCACCACAUCAUGCCUUGCACACCUAUCCCGAAUCUAAUACACGAGAAAACAACUUUGACGAUGACUCUCGGUCUCCAACUAGUGUUGAUAUAAAGCCGGAACCCGAGUACAUUCGGACGUAUAAAUAUCACAUCAAACCUGGUCGCGCGGAAUCGCGUGGACCAAACAAAUUUAAAUUGAAGCGCGAUCUUUCGAACGACAACGGACAUAGCUUUAAUAAUACGCGAACGACACCACAGCCAGUGCCGCAUCCAACACACUCGACCCGACCUUACAACCAACGUAGCCAGCGAAGUCCAACACGCGAAAGCAAACAUUUUCGUUCACAAGUGAAGCGUCAUGAAAAAACACCUCCACCUCUAAUUAUUGGCCCGCAAAUUGCAUCGGUGCCGCAACGAUCACCAUCUCCUACUUUUGACAAUCCACACAAUGAAUCUCGUAAAAUUCGAGUUAUUAAAGAAGCGCACGAAGUUUUUAAUCGCACUGUGCACACAUCUAAACCCGUAGAAGGUGAUACAAAUGAAAGACAUGCGGUACCUAACAAUGACAAAACUGUAAAUGAGGUCUCUAAGACUGAUGUAAAUGGUAUCAGUGAAGAAAAUGACAUAUUAUUUCGAGAAAAGUUUGAUCUUGGUAGUUCAGAUGAAGACGACUGGAAUAGAAAUUUAAUUCUUAAAUCGAAAGAGCGUGUUUUAAGGGAGAUUGCUGAGGAGGAAGCUAAAGUUUUAAGAUUAGCUUUGAAAAAUGCAGAGGCUAAAACUCAAUCUAAUGUACAUAAUGGAUUCAUUGAAUCUAACACAAGGGAUAGCGUUCGUAGCAUGGAAGAGGAGCGUGUGCAGAUGGAAACGGAACCCGUAAAAACUCCGACGCUGCCUUUGCAAACACAUGUACAAUGUACUGAGGAGGAAUUAGAUUACGAUCCGCGUUUCUCAGAUAGUGAAGAGGAAAGAAUCCAGGUAGAAUGUACUGAACAAAUUGUUGACGACUCAACUAGAGAAGUAGUAGAAUCAAUAACUGAAAAGAGUGAUACGAAUUUGCCGGAAUCCCCAAAGGACAAGGCCGUGACGAAACCUGAUGGUACCCCUGUCAUUGUACUGGAAGCGACAAGCAAACCUGGGACCUACAAAGCCAAGCAGGGUAAGUUGGUCAAUGAGCACAUGUACUGUAAAAAUGUUACAUCAACUGAGGAUGCUUCAGAGAAUCAACUCGAUAAAAGCAAACCAAAUGAGGUGUCCGAGGGGAUUCAAACAGAAGACUUGCCUGUCACGACGGUUGCAGAUGGCGGCGAAAAAUCCACCGCGGUUGUUUCGAAGCCAGACACAUCUCAUUCACACAAAGAGAAACAUAAACGCAGCCGAAGUAAAUCGUCAUCUAGCACAAAACACGCGAAAACAUCAAGCACUUCUAGGUCCAAAUCAAAAUCUGAUAAAACAUCUUUGCCCAAGUCCAAAUCACACACGGAUAGCGCAUCAUCGGCCAGCACGUUUAGUACUUCCAAAAAGAAUACCAUCGAACAAGCGAUAACAUCAGCUCAUGAAGAGAAAGAUAAGACGAUUUUAGGUAGGUUACGAGCACGAUAUCAAAGGUACAAGAAGCACUCGCGGGCUGUCAUUUCAAAAUUGGAAAACAUCGAUAGGGAAAUGAGAAAGUUGCUGGACGAACGUCGCAAUAUUUACAAAGAGUUUCAUGCAUUUGUCUCAACUUCCGAGAGCGAAGAAGACAUGCCUCAUGGCGAAGAGCACGCGAAAAGAAGACUUUCAGAAACUGGUACCUCACAAAACUCACCAUCGCAGCACUCCAGUGACAAUCCCAGCAAGAAGAAACCCGUGAAGUACAUAAUAAUUUCUGAAGGUGAUUCGACGCCUUCGAAGCACUUGAAUCCGGUGCUGAAUUCCGAUACGCCUAAUGAGCUAGUUCUAACGCAAGUGCUUCAUGAUAAUCCGGAAGACAUUCCGAAUCCAGACUCGCCGCCAAACUUCCUCAUGCCCUCAAUGGAUGUGGACAUAUUCUCGAUGUUCUCCGAGCCACAGAACAAGCCACCGUUUAACGAACCCGUAGUUGCUCAAGAGGCAGAAGAAGAGCAAUUGGGCGAAGAUUCUGACUCAGUGCCCGAAGCUGGAACGACAGAAAUGCAAAUCGACCUUGGCGGCGUCAUGAACAUCUCGCAAACAAUGCCGACUGAUUUUCUGGAACCCAGUGAUAAUGAAUGCAUGGGUGAGUCCCCAGUGAAGAACCCGCAUGUUAAAUUGAUUAAAUAUGAUAUUGAAGGCUUACAACGUAUGAGAGAGAUAUAUCGCACAAAUCUGCAGACUCGUUUCUACCCUUUUGCAAUAACAACGUGAAAAUUGAGGAGUCCGAUGUUGGCACCAUGGAAGUCGAGGUCAAUAGCGAGUAUGGCAAUGAGGUGGGUCGUGCGUAAUUUCUACAACGUGUUUCAUACGCCAAUAUUCAAUAAAUGUUUUUGUUUUCCACAAGUUUUAAAUGUUUGAUUUCGCGUUCAAAAUAUCUGUCGUACAAAUAGUCGCGUAUUGAUUUCCGGCGUAGAAAUUUGUUGCAUACGUUGGAAGAUUACAGGUAAAUACCGAGGCUUCCGAUGGUGUUGUUGACUACAUCGGAUGGAAGGAUUCCAUUUUAGUUAUUAAGAUUGUUAAAGAUUUGAUUGUGGCUGGAAAUGAUAAAGGAAAACUUUUCCUUUUUGACACGAAGUCGGCGUUUCCAAUAUUC